CGUCCCGCCGCAUGGACGCGGCCGCCGUGGCCCCGGCGGAGCCCCCGGUGCCGGCGGACACCAUCCGGCGCUGGCUGCGGGCCGAGGGCGCUGACCCCGCCGCCCCGGCCGAGGAGCAGCUGGGUCUGGCCUGGCGGCUCCUGCGGCGAGCGGAGACCCGGCUGGGAGAGCUGGAGCGGCGGCGGAGCCAGGACAUGAGAGACGUGGAGAGCUACGUGGGCCAUGUCCGUGCCCUGACAGAAGAGAGGGAUGCCGUUGCCUCUGAGUAUGAGAAGGAGAAUGAGCAGCUCAGGCAGGAGCUGGCCCAGCUACAGCUGCAGCAGGAAAACCAGCUGAAGGAGGUGGAGGAGAUGCUGGAGCAGGAAGGUUUGUCCCACAUCUCGUGCAGUGCUGCCAGUGAACAGGUUGCUUAUCUGCUGGUGGAGCGGGCGGCGCUGCUGGCAAGGCUGGAGGUGGCAGCCCAGCAGCUGGGACCCCACAGCAGCAUGGAUGGGCUCCAGUUCUGCAGGGAAGAGCUGGAGCAGGAGCAAGCACUGCCUGCAGGAGAUGGGGGAGAUCUGGAUGAGGCCGCACAGAGGCUGGUGGAGUCCCAGGAGGAGAUCCCAGGCCUGGAUGCACAAAGCAAAGAGCAGAGUGGAGCAGACAGGGCUGAGCUCCAGAGGGCCAUGGAGCACAACAGCCGGCUGGACAAGGAGAUCCUGGCACUGCGGGCGCGCGUGCAGACCCUCGACCUGGAGAGGAAAGCGUUCCUGGAGCUGGUGGAGCAGCUCAAGGAGGAGAUCUGUGAGUACCAGCGGAGCGAGAGGCCGGAGCCACCAGCGCCAGAGGGACUUGGAGUGGCCUCACUGCAGGCACAGGGCACACAGGAGGAAGCAGGAGCUGAUGGAGACCCUGGUGCCAGCAGAGCUGCCCCAUAUCAGGAGCAUGGGGAUCAGGGUGUGGAAACUCUGCACAAAAGGUGCAGGGAGGCCAUGGAGAGCACUGAGGGCAGGAAUUCCCAGCUCCUUCACAAGCUGCAAAAACUGGAGCAGGAACAAGAGGGUUUGGUUGAGCACAAUGAGAAGCUGGAAUCAAUCCUGGGAGAGACACAGAGCCAAAGCAAGCAGGAAAGCAAAGUGGAGGGACUGCACCAGAAGAUCACCAGUUUGGAAACAGAGUUGUUUGAGGUGCAGAAGAACAAAAGUGAGCUGGAUGGGAAUGAGCAGGUGACGUCUGGAGCUCAGGAGAUGCAGGAGAUGUUGGAAAGCUGUCAGGAAACAAUAGACAAGCUGGGAAGUCAGCUGGGAGAGAGGAGAGAAAGGAGAAAGCAGCUGGCAUCUGAGCUGGAGCUGCUGAGGGAAGAUUUGAAGGCUGAGAAGGUUCUGGGCAGCCAGGGUUUGCCUGACUCCCACUCACAGCUCUCAGGCCACAAAAACACCUUCCCAAAUCUCCAGAGAGCAUCAGCCAGCAGGGAUCCUGUGGAUGUAUCCCAUGAGAAGCCACACAAAGACAGUGCUUUGCUAAUUCCAGAGGCCUCUGAAGUCCUGCAAGACAGAGGACAGAGCCCCAAAGUGGAGCAGAAGCAGGAGGAUCCCUGUGCAGAGGCAAAGACCUAUGAGGAGCAGAUGGCUAAAGUGGUGUUUUUGGAAGAACAGAUCAAAAACCUGAGGGAAGAACAAGAAGUGCUCUGCUCUGAAUUACUAGAGAGCAACAAGAAGAAGGAGGAGCUGGAAAAGCAGCUCAAGGAGAGCAGUGAAGAGAAGCGGCUGCUGCUGGAAGAGAUUGCCCAGCUCAGAUGUGACAUCCGGAGUGCCUGGGAGCAGGGAGACAUGAGGAGGAUUUCCCCAGCCUUGGAGCAGAGGGAGAACAGGUUCCUGCCAUGGCAGAGCUCUGCAGGCAGCUUAGAGGGGAGCCUGAAACAGGGUGUGUCUGAGGAGAGGUUCCAGCAGCAGGAGGAGAAGCUGCAGCAGCUGCGCCAGGACCUGCGGCGGGUGCAGAACCUGUGCAGCUCUGCUGAGAGGGAGCUCAGGUAUGAGAGGGAGAAGAAUGCUGACCUCCAGAGGCAGAAUCUGCUGCUCCAGCAGGAAUGCACCAAGGUCAAAGCUGAGCUGAAGCAGGCCCGGGCCAAACUCUCAGAGACCACAGAAACAUGUUCCUCCCUCUCAGCACAGUGGGACAGGAGCCAGCAGAAGGUCAAGGAGCUGGAACUGGAGCUCUCCAAGUGCUCCCAGGCUGAUAAGCUCAGGAGCAGCCUCCAGGAGAGGCUGGCCCAGGAGAAAUCCAGAGCAGGAGAGGCACAAAAGAAGGUCUCCAAACUGCAGCAGAAGCUGAAGGAUUCCCAGCACCAGCUGCUGCUGGCAGAGGCUCGUGCUUCUGACAAGAAGCUUCUGGAGGAGGAGCUGAAGGAAGCUCGGGAGAAUGAAGCUCGAGUGCAGCAGGAACUUCACGAGGAGCAGCUGAAAAGGAGGCUCCUGGAGCAGCAGGUGGAGGAGCUGAGGCAGCAGCUCCGGCAUUCCCGGGAGACGGAGGCGUCGCUGGCCAAGAUGCACGUGGAGCUCCAGGCCAAGACCCUGCACGUCCUGGAGGAUGAGAAGAAGCUGGAUGCUGGUGAGCAUGUGCAGUGCCAGAAGGAGAACCAGAAGCUCUCGGAGCAGCUGGUGCUGCUGAAGGAGGAGAACAAAGCCCUGUAUGAGGAAGGUGUCAGACUCCUGAACCAGAAGGAUCUCUAUGUCAGGAAAUACAACGAGAUGCAGCUCAGACACAAGGACAAGAUCCGCAGGGCCAAGGAGACUUUCAUCCACGAGGUGAAACAGAGGGACAGCAGGAUCAAACAGCUGGAAAACGAGCUCAGCGAGUCCAAACUCCAAGUGGAAAAGGGGAAGGUGCUGAUUGCCCAGAUCACUGCUGAGAACGAGAAAUUACUCCAGGAGAGGCGACGGCUCCUCCAAAAAAUCUCAGACCAGGAGGAGUCCCCGUGGAGCCUCCGCUCUGGGAUUCCCUCCCUACAGAGCAGAGGGAAGACCCUGGAGGAGGAGAACGCGCGGCUGCAGGACAAGCUCCAGCUCUCCAGCCUUGUGGGCUCCUCCCAGCGCCUGGCCAGGAGCAGCCCCGCUCCCAGCACUGAGGACCUGAAGCUUGCUCCUGGAAGCCACCCUCAGAGCAAGGUGCUGCCACCUCCUCGUGCCAGCUUCCCACCCCGAGAUCUCCCAGAGCCCCUGGGCGCCCUGAAGGCCCUGCAGAGCACAAAGCCUGAGGGAGAGGCUGAGAGCCAGGAUUCCUCCUUCUGCCUGUCCCCCUCACAGCCCUCAGAGAUUGGGUACCUGAACGUGGCCUCUCCUGGGGACAGCACGGCCCCCUCAGCCUCCCCUCUGCAGGAGCAGAGCCACAGCCUGGGCUCCCAGAGCUUCUGAGCUGGGGAUGUUGGUGCAGCCUGACCAGAGCCACAGCCUGGGCUCCCAAAGCCUCUGAGCUGGGGAUGUUUGUGCAGCCUGACCAGAGCCACAGCCUGGGCUCCCAAAGCCUCUGAGCUGGGGAUGUUUGUGCAGCCUGACCUCACCUGCAGGAUCUGGGCUCCUGGAGCCAUGGGACAGCAGAGCCUGCAAAGAGAAUUGCCAAAUGGACAGAUGGACUGUGCCAUGAUUGCUGGGAUGUGUUCCAACUAAAUGAUUCCACAGUUUUGUUGUUUUGGUUUUUUUUUUUUAACUUGCCCACCUGUAAAUGUGUGUGUGAUCCCAAAUCCACUGGAGGCUGGAAUUUGUAAAUAAACUCUGUACAGUGCUAGAGGGGUGGGGUGAAGGGUGUCUUCCCUCAACCCUAAUCCCCUGUCCAGUCCAAAUCUAUAAAUUUUAUAAAUAAAACUUGCAGAAAUUCCCUUUUACCCCAUGCCCCCACACUGUCAUUCCCCUUUUCCCUUUGCUCUGUGCAGAGGGGAGCAGGAUCUCUGAGCGCUGGGGAGGGGAUGGGAAUGUGUGGGGAAGGAAGAUGGGAGGAAGGAGAAGCUCUGGGGGCAGGAUGUGAUGGGCAGAGGGGUCAGAAAUGACAGAGGGGGAGAUGGGAGGGCAAAGGGAAAAGGAAUAGGGGCAGGAGAGGGAAGGGAAGAUUUGGGAAGGGAAGGAAAGGAAAUUUCAAGGAAAUUUCAAGGAAAAGGAAGGGAAAAGGGAUACUUUUGGAAUAGAUGGUCUCUGAGGAUGCUUGGGUGACAGUGAGAGGGACCAGGCCAUGCCAAACAGGGAGUGCAGAGAGUCUGAGAGUGCCAAGAGGGAACAGCAGGGUCAGAAGUGCAGACCAGGUGGGAGCAGAGCGUGGCUGGGCAUCUCCGUGGGCCUGUCUGUGCUCCCUGGGCUCUCCCUGUGUGUUCAGGGAGCUCUGGAUCCCUCAGUGCACCCCUCUGCACCCUGGCUGUCCCUCAGAGGAUAUCCCAAGCCCUGGUCUCCAUUUUGGGGGUAUCCCCACCCCUUGGUUUGUUUUGUGCCAUGCCCAGACCCCAGCACAGCCUUUGGGUGCCCCCAACCCCUGGCUGUGCCCGUUUGGGCUCCCCAGAGCCCUCCAGGAGCCUUUUGGGGUGCACAGAACCUCUCCAUGGGAUUUGGGGUGUCUCUGGGCAGUGUGUGAGCAGUGCCUGGGGCAGCCAUGCACCCUCAUCCCCCUGGCUGUGCCUUGGGCCACAGGGGAGCAUCAGGAACACUCCCAUGGAGGGGCUUGGGGGUUUCAUCCCCUGUGAGGGGGCAGGACUGGCUCAGCCACGCUCAGGGAGAGGCAGAGUCAGGUUUUAGAAGGGGCGCAAUCCAUCAGAGAGCCUGGAGAAAGCACAGACUCAUUGCUGAGCACUGGGCACAACCCCGGUGUUACAAACUCCUGACCCAGGGAAGGUACCUGGCUGUUCCCACUGAGCCUGAACCUGAACUAACCCACUGAACUUUGAAUUUUUGGAGCUUCCACCCCUGAUGGAUCCAGACUGUGACCAUCACUUUGAAUGUGGACACUGAAAUUGCAAUAGCCAAGUCUUGUCACUGCAUCCAUGGGUGGUGAGACCUUUCCUCUCCACUCUCUACUCUGAUCCUUCCUUUUUCUUCUUUCUUUCCCUCAUGUAUUUUCUAAAGUGUUAUUUUUAUACUUUUAUAUUGGUGUAUUUCUAAAGAAAAUAAGUAAAAUGGCUACAUAGGUGAUUUCCAUUGCAAACAAAGUGU